UUUUUUGACAGAUUUUCGAAGCUGCCCCCUAUAGAAGUCUUUUAUUUUUAGCCUCCGGCUGGGGCGGAAGCUCCUCCGUCGAUUCCGAGCGCGUUGUCACACAUUUCCGCGUCGUCAGGAAAAACUUUCGGGUCUCUCCUGGAACAGCUGCCAGAAUGAGCCUGAACGAGCACUCCAUGCAGGCGCUGUCCUGGAGAAAGCUGUACUUGAGCCGAGCUAAGCUCAAGGCCACCAGCCGCACUUCGGCUCUCCUGUCGGGUUUCGCCAUGGUUGCCAUGGUGGAGGUACAGCUGGAGCCCACUCACACGUAUCCUCCCGGACUGCUGAUCGCCUUCAGCGCCUGCACCACCGUUCUGGUCGCUGUGCAUCUGUUCGCCCUCAUGAUCAGCACCUGCAUCCUCCCGAACCUGGAGGCCGUCAGCAACGUUCACAACCUCAACUCCGUCAACGAGUCGCCCCACGAGCGCAUGCACCGCCACAUAGAGCUGGCCUGGGCCUUCUCCACGGUCAUCGGCACCCUCCUGUUCCUGACUGAGGUCAUGCUCCUUUGCUGGGUGAAGUUUCUGCCGCUCAAAAAGGAAACCAACGCCACCAUCAGCUCCGGCGAGGCGGCGGCCAUCGCAUCCACCUGCAUAAUGGUGCCGUUCGGACUCGUCUUCAUCGUCUUCGCUGUCCACUUCUACCGCACGCUAGUCAGCCACAAAACGGACCGGCAGAUCCGAGAGCUGGACCAGGUCAUUCAGCUCCAGAAACAGCUGAAUCACGGGGCCGAGAACGACGAGCUGAAGGCAGCCGGACAUUUCCCGUAACUGUAACCCAUCGAGUUUCGUAGACUUCCCUUUUUCUUUUUUUUUAUGUUGAUAUUCUGAUGAGUCACAGCAUGCAUUUCACAGCUCAAUCAUUUUCUAUGUGUUGGAUGUUUACAAAAUUUGGUUUACUUUUAUAUGCAGGUAAUUAAAUCAUUUUUAGUUGCCGACAUCCUUAAAAGAUAAAAGUGCGUGAUUUGUGAGAUUAAAUUUCGAAAGCACUGAGAUGCUGGGGUGACUUACACAUUUUAUUGGCUUUAAUAUAAAGAUCUGUAUUUUAUUCUAGCAGCCAUUUGGUUAUAUGUAAGCGGCCGAAUGUGUCGCUAUGAGUGUCUUCUUGUUGAUGAGGGAAAGUUCAAAAUCAGCUGAAGAGGGCAGGUGUGAGUAAUUGUGCACAACAUGCUUUAUUUUAAAUGGAUUUGAAAAUGCCAGCUGUUCUAAGAUGAAAACUGGGAUAAGAUGAAUCAAUAUUUCUCUCAAAUUCAGUAUCCCAGGCUGUCUGGAGUCUUCACUAUCGAAUGUAUGCCUCUGUCAAAGUGCUGUUUUCUUCUCAGACGUGCUACAGGUCGCUGCAUGUCUAGUGCAGCAUUCAGCUGUAGCUCAAAGUUUUUCCCACCUUGUUUUCUUGUUAGUUAAUGAGUGAAAUGAUUGCACUGCAUCACAUUUGUUUUUGUUAUCAUUUUCAGUACGACUAAAUCUCUGAACUAAAUCUCUGAACUAAAUCUCUGAAUGUUUUACAAAAGAACAAAAGAACCGUUGAACAAAAGAACCGUUUUCAGGACUCAUCUCUGGGAUUUACGUUUAGCUUUUUUCACGGUAUAGUGUCCUGAAAUUACCAAAGAUCAUUUUUGGGGAAAGACAUUCUGCAGUAUUUGUGAAGAAAUACAUAUACAAAAUAUAUAGAAAUGCUAUAUUUUCAAUUGAGGGCAUCGUUAAAUAAAGACGCCUUUCCUGGACCACAGUGAUUAGUCCAUGAAAGUAGGUAACCUUUGACCUGCCAAACAAUUGUUUGCACUGCAUUGAUCAAGGACAAAUUGACUGAUGGAUUUUUGACAAUGAAUUUUAAAUCAGUUAAAUAUCACUACAACUGUUAAACUGUUUAUUAAGGACACCCUUUUGUCCUCCAUGUUCUCAUUUUCAUACCGUCCUUUUUGUUUGUUUAUUUCAAUCAAAUACACUGUAAAUCAAGAAGUGGUGACCGGCUGUAGGGAAAGUGUUCUUGAACAACUUUUGCAGAGCAUCAAAUUGUUUAAAUUGUUAUUUGCAAAUGUGUGUUUUGUACAUUUUGUGCAGUAGUUCACAAGCUGAAGCAUGGUUACGGAUUGUUUGUGUUGCGGAGUAAGGCUUGUGUUUUUCUCAUGUCCACAUCAAUGAAAGCUUCGACGUGGCUGAGGUUGUUGUUGUCUCUCCGUAGCAAAGCUGCAUGAGACACUGUCUUUGCAAAGCUUGUCUGUUGCACUCUGAGUUAUAAUUGCGAUGCCACACUUUGUUGGAAUAUGGUUACACUUUUCUGUUGAUAAGUAGAUUGUGUUGUUUUGUAGGGUCACUUGCGUAUGUAUUGCUCAUAGGUUGUACGGAGCUUUGUAAUUGUCGUGCUUGUCAUUUUCAGUGUUCAAAUGUUCCUGGUCUGAUUUAAUUUUCACUUUUGUAAUUUAGUCAAAUACCAAAAACUCACAGGAGUGCCUUACCAAAUGUCUGGUUGUGAGGUAAUUACUCACAGAAUUAAUCAGGAAGCAAUCUUCCAUGACACUUUUCUGUUACUAUUGUUCAUUUCUGUGCUUAUUUAUUAAAUCGAGUGUAUGCCACUGUAUGUUUUGAAAGCACGGCUUCAUUAAAUGCUCUGUUUGUUUCCGUGUGUUUCUAGUCAUGUCACUUUUGGAUCAGAUUGGGAAUAAAAUAUAUUUAUUUA